AACACCUCUGAACGUGUCUGGAAACUUCAAACAAUUGUCAAAUUUAUAGUUUCAAACAGAUUUAAAAGAACGGUUAACUCAUAAAGAGUUUGUUUAACAAACUUUGUUAACUUUUAUCACAUUUUAAUCUGCGAUUUUCAGCCAUGGAUCAGGUUUUCAACUUCGAUAAAACCUUCCAAGUUCGUCUGGAUGAGUAUGAAAAGGUUUUCUUCGAAGGCCAACCAUUUCCAUACGCAGAACUCCAAAGUGAGUGGGCCUUUCACUUGGAGCUCACUCUGGACCCAAACGGCUGGCAAGCAAUCUGGGACAUACCCCGGUCACAAUGCGAAAAACUCAAGCUACCAUUUCCUACCAUCCUCCUGGUUUAUGUGAUUCAAGUACACUAUUCCGACUUAUCGUCGCUGAUUAGGAUUAUGGCUGUCCAAGAUGAAAAUAUAGACUUGCCUGAUAAGCUCACAGUUCCCCUGAUCGAGCUGUGGGCAACGAAGAAGCAAGAUAAAAGCAUUGCCUUGAAUCUGGAUUCAACUGCCAACGCUUUGGAUAUGCUGAGGUUUUUUUAUUUGAACUUGGUGCGACCGUGGGAUGAAGAUGAGGACUGUGCCGACUGGAAGCGAGAGCAUUUGAUUGCCAGAUUGAAACUGUUCUAUGAUAUGAAAAAUGGAAACGUUCCCAAAAGGGCAGUGGAACAAAUCUUCAAUUUAGUAACGGAAGCCAAGGCGCACCAUUCCGAAAAAAAUAAUCUCAUCAAUGUCUGUGAUAGUCUUUGUCUUGACCACGAGGACAAUGUGGAAGAUGAAAACGUACAGAGAUUAAUUGCAGUCACAGUGCGGUUGGCGCAAAUCCAACACGAACUGACACUGUUGGAGAACGAGACUUUCAGGAAUGUGAUGCUGAAGUCCGGAGAGUACAGGAAGAUCAAUUGCAAGCCCCAAAUUUGGUUGGUGACUGACGCAUCCACAGGAAGAAAUCACAUCAAGCUGUUCGAGUCCGUCGAGGAACAAUUCCAAAAUGAGCAAAUAGCACUCGCUCCAAACUUUACUCAGAAAUUAUUAUCUGCAAACUCAGGCGAUACGAUUUUACUCAGUCCGCAAGAACACAAAUUCAACCAUAAAAGGUAUUUGCUGGAAAACCUAACUAUAAAAGGCAUUGGCAACGCUCAGGUAGUUUGCGUGCCGUUAUUGGCCGAUACUACGCUGUUUGACUUCUACGGGGGACAUUCCGUGAUAGAAAACAUCACCAUUGACUGCAAAAACGUGAAUUGUGCAGUCCUAGUCCGCACUGGUCAUGUUUCAUUGAAAAAUUGCAAAAUUGUCGGCAAUAAUCCAUCCGCUACAACGCAAGGAAUUGUCGUCUUGAAUGGGGCAAAGCUCUCACUAAUUGCCUGUGAUUUAUCGGGAUUUGCAACUGGCUUAAUGGGAAAUAGUGGUUCUGAACUCGAAAUCACUGAUUCACUAAUUUGCAAAUGCCAAUCAGGAAUAAAAGCAUUUGAAAAAUGCCAAAUAAACAUUCAAAACACCAUCAUAAAGGACUGCGAUGAGUUUGGAAUCCUCAUUCAAACCGAUCAAGACUUUGGCUUUGAUCAGCACUCUGAACAUUCGUUCGAAAAGCUGAACUCAAUUCCUGAAAUCACCGCCAAGUUGGUCAGUGGAAGCAACAACAGAAGGGGCGAUUUAUUCGUGAAACCAUUUAAUAUUAAAGUUGUUGAGGACUUGUUUGGAAACCCAGAUUUCGACCCGACCAUUAUGGAGGACUCUGAUGAAUCUUAAAGCAGUCUAUUGCAAUUUUUCCAGAACGAUAAAACGGUAACUGUUUUAUUCGGCAGAAAUCUAAGUAACAAAUACAUGCGUUCUUAUAUAAUUCAAAAAACACUUGUCUAUAUCAAUUCUUCCGAGAUCAAAUAUGUAUCAUCUAAAGGAAAUUUUUAGAUAAAUACUUGCAAAAUGGUUUAUUUGGGCAAUUAGCCGAAAAUUUUUGAGUUGUUGGAAUGUGAAAAAUUUGCCGGUUUUCCAACGUAAAACUUUUCGUGCAAAAUACCCAAGACCCCAAAUUUAGAGUUGCGGGAAAAAGAGCAAUUCCUCACGUUUCAAUAACCAGAAAUUCUUCGGUCAAAUUGAUGUAAAUUGACCAUCUGAUUUUUUAAUUAAUUUAUGUUUCUGCAAAAUGCCAUGCGUAAAAUAUUGCAAAAGAUUAGAAACAAAUGUUCACAGCCGCGCGAUUGAACUGCAUAGUUCUGAUGGCCUUGCAGUAGAUAUGCAGUGUUAGAAGUUUGCUUCUUUAUUUUUCUUGUUUUUGUUAUUUGUUUCUUUAUUAAUAAUAUUUAAGUUGUAAAUUUAUAUUAAGAUUGUAUAAAAACCAAGGAAAAUUGGCAAUAA